AUGAAUGGUAGGAAUGUUGUUCAUCCAAUUGGAUGGGAUGCUUUUGGCUUACCUGCUGAAAAUGCUGCAAUGGAGCGCAAUAUCCCUCCUGAACAAUGGACGAAAAGUAAUAUUAUCACAAUGAAGUCGCAACUUUUAGAUUUAGGAUUUAACUUCGAUUGGGAUAAAGAAAUAAGUACAUGCAAUCCUAAGUACUACAAGUGGACACAGUACAUAUUUCUAAAACUUUUUGAAAAAGGUUUAGCUUACCAGAGUAAGGCAAAGGUAAAUUGGGAUCCUGUUGAUAAAACUGUUUUGGCUGAUGAACAGAGUUAUAAAACAAAAGCUACUGGAAAAUAUAUACCAGCUGAGAAUGUUGAAAAAAUUGGAAAAGAUUAUAAAGAUAAAGAUACUGGAGAACCUGUAAUAGUUCAGUGGGAAAAAAUGAGCAAAUCCAAAUAUAAUGGAGAAAAUCCUAAAAGGUUGCUCACAAGUUACGGUUGUGAUGCUACACGGUUGCUCAUGCUUGCUGAUGUUCCUCCUGCGACCAGUAGACGUUGGUCUGAUGCAACUCUUCCCGGUGUUUUAAACUGGCAGCAUAGAUUAUGGAUAACAAUCCGAGAUUUUCUCAACCACAGAACAACAUAUCAUUUCGAAUACACGCAAAAGCUUAGCGUGGGAAUCUCCAGGUUACAAAGUCUGACAAAUGUUUUAAGAAAUAAUAUACCACCGGAAAUAAUCGCCAACAGUAAGGAGUAUGAACUGGCACUUGCUCAAUUAAUCAUAAUGUUGACACCAGUCACCCCACAUUUUUGCUCCGAAUUGUGGGCAGGUUUUUUGUCAGCUCCCAACAGAUUAUGUGAUAAUACUCAUUUAAUUGAUUGGGAUAAGAGUGUUCUUGAACAAAAAUGGCCUAAAGUGGAUAAUCAUUUCGAGUUGUCGUUUUUAUGUAAAGUAGACGGAGCAGACAGGUGUGACCUGAAAAUUAAAGCCGAAGAACUUUUACAUAUAGACGAGGCUAAAGCGCUAGAAAUAAUGCUGAAACAAGAGCCUGUUGCUAAGAGGGUCAAACGCGAAAUAGUUCGAACAAAAUAUGAUUUAUUUCCUUAUUGUCGUGCUAUAUUAUACAUAUAUACAAAUAGAAAUGUUAAUAAAAAAAAAGUUGAAGCAGCAUCU